AUGAGUGACAUUAUCGACAAAGCGGGUAAAAAGAGCCAUGAUCCAAUUCACAAUCCUGAGGGAGAUGAAGAGAGGCUUCAUGAGCACGACGACGAAGUCAAAGGAGAAGUCGGGCAAUCCGACGCCCUAAGGGCCACUUCAACAGGGAAAGCCGAGGAUGACCACAAAGAGUCAACAUUAGACAGGGUCAAGGAUGCAUUCCAUAGACAGAGUCGGCGUGCUGAAAAUGGCCCCUAG